AUGUCGAGGGCGAAGAAAGCCCCUACGGGGCUGCCUGUGUCGGACCCAGCUUACAUUGCACCUCAACAGAUCGUGGAUUUGUUCAAGCUGGCUUUUGACAACGAACUAUACAGGGACCCCGAUGAGUUGAGCUCGAUGAUCCAGGAAGUCAAGAAAAGCCUCUACGACCGCCAGUACCUUGAUGCUUUCGACAACAAUGAAAAACGAAGCGCAUAUUGUUGUCGAUGGUCUCCUUCAAGAGCAGUAGCAUAUGCCGCUCUUUUCAAUUAUCUGCGGCCCGUGCGAGCUACCUUAUUAAGGCCGUUGACGAAUUCAUCGCCUGUGACGGCAGAGGAAUUACAUGUCGCUCACAGUGAUACGUCAGAGUUUUCUCCAGAGAUUAUGUGCAUCGGUGGCGGUGCUGGUGGUGAAUUAGUCGCACUGGCGGCCCUUUUUGCACCCUCACUCGAUUUUCGCUCGAAAUACUCGACGAUCAAAUCUACAAAGAGCUCCAAAGCUGCCAACGUAAGGAUUAUAGAUAUAGCUGACUGGGAUAAUGUGGUCACACGGCUCGCUGGUGCGAUUCGCGAACGCUGGCUAUAUGAUCUGUCAGAUCAGUUCGCGAUAACUUUUCAGCGCGCUGACAUCCUGCGCCAAGAUGCGACACAGAUGAGCUAUUCGAAGCUGGAUUUAAUAACGUUACUGUUCACGACGAACGAGCUUUUCCAAGAGGACAAGGGUGCCAGUAUUCGCUUUCUCCAGACUCUCAAUCAGCAUUGCAAGACAGGAUGUCUUUUACUCAUAGUAGAAAGCGCGGGCAGUUAUUCUCACAUUGAAAUUGGAACCAAAAAAUUUCCUAUUCAUUUUCUCGUUGACACAAUACUGACAGGGAAGCGGGGUGAUGCGAAGUCUGGCAUGUGGGAACUUGUAGAUCAAAACGAUUCCUUCUGGUAUCGUAACGACGACAGAAUUGAUUAUCCGCUCAAACUUGAGAACAUGCGGUUUUUUUACCGCUUAUAUAGAAAAAGAUGA